CGCCCCCGCGCGCUGCCGUGUGGCGUGGCCGUGCUAACCAGCACACAACGAGGGCGCGUUCCGUCGGGCCCGUGUGCGGUAGCGAGGGGAGCGAGCGAGCUGAGAGCCCGGCCAGCGCGCGCGGUUGUCCCAGCGGCCGGCCGCACGCGCACCAACUUCCCUUGGACGCACGCGAGCGAACUGAGCGCAGUGUGAGUGCCGGCGCGGCGGCGCGCGGGGUGUGAUCGCCAGCGGGAAACCACCCGCCGGCAGCUAGGCUUGCGAGAGCUAGUUGGUAGCCGGCGAGAGCGAUGGGGAGGGCGCCGUGCUGCGAGAAGGUGGGGCUGAAGCGGGGGAGGUGGACGGCGGAGGAGGACGAGAUACUCGCCAACUACAUUGCCAAGCACGGAGAGGGGUCCUGGAGGUCGCUGCCCAAGAAUGCAGGGCUGCUUCGCUGUGGCAAGAGCUGCCGGCUGCGGUGGAUCAACUACCUCCGGGCGGACGUGAAGAGGGGGAACAUCUCCAAGGAGGAAGAAGACGUCAUCAUCAAGCUCCACGCCACCCUUGGGAACAGGUGGUCCCUGAUCGCCAGCCAUCUGCCCGGCCGAACAGACAACGAGAUCAAGAACUACUGGAACUCGCACCUCAGCCGGCAGAUCCACACAUACCGCCGGACCUACACCGCCGGCCCGGACACCACCAUAACCAUCGACAUCAGCAAGCUGCACAGCGCCGAGAAGCGCCGCGGAGGCCGGACCCCAGGACGGUCGCCGAAGAGAGCCACCACCAGCAGCGGCGGCGGCGGCGGCGGCAGUAACAAGGCCAAGAGCAAGGAGCUGCCGGACCCUGAUAGUAAGAAGCCUGAGCCGGAGUCCGGCGAGGCGAAAGUCGCCUCCGGCCCGGUUGCCGCCGCGGCCUCGGCGGCGUCGAGCCCGCGGCACAGCGACGGGGCGCGGAGCGCCGUGGUGGACCCGGACCAGAACCAGCCCGACAGCAGCAGCGGCGCCGGCGGCGGCAGCACGCCGGAGGGGCCCUGCAGCGAGGACACGACCGGGCCGCUGGCGGCGCUGGACCCGAUGGAGUUUGGGGGCCUCUGGGAGGCCGAGAGCGAGAUGGAGCUGCUGCUGUCGAGCGGCGGUGUCGAGGCUGGGCCCGAUCCGCUUACGGGGUUUGUUGACGCGGUGGGUGAGGCGGGCCAGGUGGACGACCUCCUUGACAUGGACUGGGACGGCUUCGCGGCCCAUAUCUGGGGAGAUCAUCCUACCGCCCAGGUCCAGCAGCAGAACGACGACGACCAGAGCACGCUGCUCCAGCCCGAUGGGCCGCAGGCCGCUGCGGGCUGCAACGAGCACCAGGAGGACGAGCUGGAAUCGUUCGCGACCUGGCUCCUGUCGGACUCGUUCUGAGAGCUCGUUCCGUCACCAAACUGAUCAGGUCAGGGCGUCAGGCAGGUGUUCAUGGAAUGUGACCAAGGCAGCUUGGUGCUCCAGUGUACAGGCUUUUGUGAAGUUUAGCUUGUAGUUGUAGCUAGGUGUGCUGUUUCGUGCAUGGAAUGGACUUGCUUAAGGUCAACCUGUAGACCGUAGCGUAGAGGGGUUGCAUCGCAUUUGCAUUGCAUGGCGACAUGGCGUGUAAGGGUAGUGCCGUUCAGCUCCCCGUCUCCCAGUGAAGACUCUGGCUUUGUGAACAGGGAGAAAAAUGAUCCUUCUGGUAUGGAAGCUGUACGUGAAGACUCUGUUACAGAAUGA